GUUUAUAACGGAAAUUUGUUUUGAUAAAUUCUUGAUUUAAUAAAAAUUUAAUUAAAAUGGAUUUAACAGUCUCGUUAGAUGCUAGAGAAGUAUUAUUCCACCUCAAUUACAUGGGAUACCGAAAUGUGACAAAAGAACAAUUAAAAAGCUUCAUGAUUGAUUUAAAGAAACUGAUAAGGUUUGAUUCACAACCGCAAAAGUCCACAACUGAAGUAAAUUUUCAAGCUGGUCCACAUUCAGUUAACAUCCAGAGAUUAUUUGAAAGUCACACAGAAACUUCUAAACUUAAACAACGUGAGAAAAUAACAGACAAAAAUAAUAAGCAGAUACCGAACAAGGCCAAAGAUCAUGUCUGUAAACAUAAACAGCAUUUGACACGGGAAAAAACCUCUAGUGAAAUUGAAAAGAGAUCAACAAAAUCUAAAGACAUUCCUAAGAAAGUCAGUGAAUCUGACAGCCAUGACAAGGAAAACAUUCCGAAACAUGAGAACAAUCAAGUAAGAGACAACAACAAUUGCCAACCUUCAGAAAAAGAACCAUCAAAGUCCAAAAUGUGGAUCCGACCAAAGUCAGCACAAAGCACUCGUCAAAUCAAUCCAAAGAAGAGAAAUGAUCCUGUUGCACUUUAUCAGGAGUAUCAAAAAGACUGGCAAAAGUUCCGCAGUAAUAUCUGUGAAUCGUCGAGAUCUGAGCUGCGCUGGACAAUUCGAGAAAAAAUGCUAACAAAUCAUUAGCUUUUUAUGCUUAGCCUCGGAUUAGCUAGUUUAUGAAAAACUAUUUUUUUAAAAUAUGUGUAGUGGAUUGAAGCUCUGGAUUUCUUACUGAAAUCUAAACCAAAAUGACAAAUGGUUCAAUUUUUUGAAUCAUGAAAUAAGUAAUUCAUGUUAAAUCUAGAAUAAGAUAUAAAUCGCAUUGACAACGAAAUUCAACAUUUCCUGUAUCCAAUUGCUUGACUUCUUGUUAAGUAUACAAUCGCUUCUGUCAAGUAAAUUCCUUAGCUGAAAUUUCCUGCUGAGCUACGUUUGAAUCGUGUGAGAUUCAUAACGUUUAAAACAAAUAUUUAAAUACUGCAUGCACCUAGGGAGGAAGACUUUAAGGAAGGUGGGACGAAGAGCCGAAGAUCUGGCGCGAAAGACAUAAAGGAACAAGUGGUCGAGGAGAGAACAUCGAAGAAGAAUUAAGCCAUAUAAUUAAUAAAAAGUGCAUGAAAUAAAUAUACUUCAAGAGAGAAAGAAUUGUAAGAAUUGAUAUUAAAUAUGUAUAUAGAGAUGAAUAAUUUAUUGUGAAUGUCUUAAAACAGAUUUGAACUACUACGGAAGGCUGAAUAAAUUAGAAGAAAAUUUGGAAGGAAUCAACUGAUUUUUCAUUUCCACAAUCUAUAAUUUAC